UGCUCUACCGUUAUGGAUGUCAACCACCGUAAAACAAGAAGAAGAAGAAGAAGAGGAAGUAGACGUGCUUCCUCUGGAUGACAUCCCCUCCCGCUUUGGUAAUGUUUAUUAAACGUGAGCUAAAGAGCCUUCGAUUAACUCGCCAGACUGAGCUGAAGACUUAACAAUGAUCCACGCCAUGCUGUGGCCUUUGUUUUAAAUAGUUCAGCAUUUGCCGAGCAUAAUAGGAAGCUAACAACGUUAGCUCUGAAGCUAACGGACGAUUUUAACGGACUGAGUCUAAGGUCCAGGUGGACUACAGAAACAGCCCUGAAGUACAUGCUGAAUAUCAUUGAUAGACGUGCACUGAAUGCUGGUUUAGUCUUUGGUUCUUUACGCGCUUGUCACUUGUCAAGAUGACCGAGCCUACGCAAAUUAAAGAAGAACAGGAGGAACUGGACUGUAAUCAGGCAAAAGUGCAGCUUCAAGGAGCAGAAGAGGCUGAUGUCAGGGCGUUUACAUUCAAUCCUGUCACUGUGAAGUGUGAAGAUGAUGAUGAAGAGGAAUGUCAGACCUCGCAGCUUCAUGAAAACCAAAAUGAAGAGUUAAGAGACACAGAGCAUUUGAAAAGAGAAGCUGAUAUAGAGGACAGUGGAGGCUCAGAAGCAGGCAGAAACUUGAAUCUGGGCAGUCGUUUACUGUCAGCUCCUCCAGAUGGACAGACGUCACACAUUUCUGGAUCUGAGACUGAUGACAGUGCUGAUUGGGAGGACAGUGAUGAACCGCGGGAAGGUUUCAAUCCUCUGCAAAACAACGAAGUAGCAGAAAAUGGUAUGAAAUAUGACACUGGAAACACAUCCGCUUGCUCCUCUGAAUGUGAUCCAACCUUUGGACUGAAGACACAACUGCAGGGACACAAAGGAAUCCACACAGGAGAGAAACCACUAAUUUGCUCAGUUUGUGGUAAAAGAUACUCUAGUAAGGGAAAUCUAAAAAAACACAUGCUACGUCACUCAGCAGAGAAGCCUUUCAGCUGCUCAGUUUGUAGUAGAACUUUUGUCAGCAGAGCAGAGAUAGUGAUGCACAUGAGAUCCCACACUGGAGAAAAACCUUUCCAGUGCACAGUUUGUGGUAAAAGAUUUAGUCACAAGGGAUCUAUAAAAACCCACUCUACCGUCCACACGGGAGUUAAACCUUUCAGUUGUUCUGUUUGUGGUAAAAAAUAUUCACAUCAUGGCCAACUGAGGCAACACUCAGCUGUCCAUACAGGGGAGAAACCUUUCAGCUGCCAUGUUUGUAAACAAGAUUGUAACUCAAAAGCAGAAAUUGUGAGGCACAUGAGGAUCCAUACAGGAGAGAAACCAUUUAGCUGCUCAGUUUGUGGUAAAGGAUUUGCACUUGUUGGCAAUUUAAGGCAACAUGCUGUUAUUCACACAGAGGAGAAACCAUUCAGCUGCAGUGUUUGUCAUAAAAAUUUCUCUUGGCAUUGGUCUCUCAAAAAACACAAAUGUGUUGUCAAGAGCAGCCAAACAUAAAUGAAACCUCCAGAUAUCAGAUGUCACCUUUAGUUUGCACAGGUGAAGUCCAACCAU